AUCAAACCAUCCUUAUAUUUCUUUGCCUUAACACUUGGAUUCAUCGAGAAUCGUUGGAAAGGAUGACGACGAACGGCUGUCAAUGGUUGGUGUUUAUGUGCAUGUUGAUUAUAAUGGUCGGGUGGUCAAGUUCCAAUUAUGGAUAUGUAGAGUCAUCAAAGGUUCCAGCAAUAUUUGUGUUCGGAGAUUCAUUGGUCGAUGUUGGCAACAAUAACUAUCUCAGCUCCAUAGCCAAAGCCAAUUACUUUCCUUAUGGAGUUGAUUCCGGUAUAGGUCCCACCGGCAGAUUUUCAAAUGGCAAAACCUUUGUCGAUAUACUUGGGGAGAAGUUAGGUGUGCCUUACCCUUCAGCUUUUGCAGACCCUAACACAGCCGGAGUCAGAAUACUUGGGGGAGUUAAUUAUGCGUCGGCAGCCGCUGGCAUCCUUGAUGAAACUGGUCAACACUAUGGACAAAGGUAUAGCCUUAGCCAGCAAGUGCUAAAUUUUGAGAGCAAUCUAAAUGAGCUAAGAAGAAUAAAUGGAACCAAUCUGACAGAUUUCCUUGGCAAAUCCCUCGCAAUUUUGGUCUUUGGAAGCAAUGACUACAUCAACAAUUAUCUCAUGCCUUCAAUCUACUCUUCUAGCUCCAAUUAUAAUCCUCCACAAUUCGCCAACCUUCUACUCAACGACUAUGCCAGACAACUAGUGACACUUAAUAGUCUAGGAUUAAGGAAAUUCCUGAUAGCAGGAAUUGGACCCAUUGGUUGCAUUCCUAAUCAAAGAGCCAGCGGUCAAGCCCCUCCAGAUAGAUGUGUUGAUUACGUAAAUCAGAUAAUCGGUACCUUUAAUGAAGGCUUGAGAUCAAUUGUUGAUCAAAUGAACAGGCGCCCUGGUGUUAUCUCUGCAUAUGGCAAUACUUAUGGUGCAGUAGGUGACAUUCUCAAUAAUCCUGGCACUUAUGGAUUUAGUGUGGUUGAUAGGGGUUGCUGUGGGAUUGGGAGGAAUCAAGGGCAAAUAACAUGCCUUCCAUUUACCAUGCCAUGUUCCAACAGAAAUGUGUAUGUAUUUUGGGAUGCUUUCCACCCAACACAGGCUGUGAAUACCAUUCUAGCCCAGCGGGCCUUUAGUGGGCCCCCGAGGGAUUGUUAUCCCAUCAAUGUCCAACAGAUGACUCUCUUCUACUGAUGAUAUGCUUUUUCUGUAUUUCCUUUUCCUCUGUUUUCAUUUUGAAUACUCCGACAAUAAACUUACCAAUUCCAAUAUACAAGUUCAUAUUUUUUA